GCGAACAGAGCCAAUAAUAUCGUAUCCUUAUCAAAAGAAUAGUACGAUCGGAGGAGAGAAGGCAGAGGAAUCGACCGAGGGAAGGACGAUGAAGAGAUCCGCGACCGACGGAUCAGCGGACGACGGGAAGCAAAAGCGGCUCAGAUCAGCUGGAGGAGAGGCGGAUCGGGAUCGGGAUCGGGCCGUUCCGGUGCCGGAGCUUGGCGAGGACCUGGUGCUCGAGGUGCUCAAGCGGGCGGACGCGCAUACGGUGGGGAGGGCGGCGUGCGUGUGCCGGAUCUGGAGGCGUCUCGCGGAGGACGAUCGGCUCUGGGAGGCGGUGUGCACCCGCGACUGGGUCAGUCUCCCCUACAGCGAGAUGCAGCUCCGCUCCGUAGUGCUCGGCCUCGGCGGCUUCCGCCGCCUCCACUCUCUCUUCAUCCUCCCUCUCCUAGGGCAUCGCCCAGCGGCCGCUUCCCCUUCUCUCGCCCCACCUUCAGCGUCGCCCAUAUCCCGCCGGCCUAAUUCGCGAACGGGCAAGGAUGAGGUUCAGCUCUCGCUGGCUCUCCUCUCCCUCAACUUUUUCGGAAAGCUAAAUUCUAAAAGCAACCGAGGCGGCGGCGGCGGCGGCCGAGGUAGCUGAAUUCGCUCCAAUCCCCUUCUAAAAAUCUGUUUUUUAUGGCUUUUUAAUGUUACGACUGGAUCUUUAAUUUAUCAAGUUCUUCUAAUUGUUGCGUUUAAUCGUUCCUACUCA